AUGUCUGCACCUGCUGCUUUCUCUGACAUCGCCAAGGCGGCCAACGAUCUCCUUAACAAGGAUUUCUACCACACCAGCGCUGCCAGCCUUGAGGUUAAGUCCAAGGCUCCCAAUGGCGUCACCUUCAACGUGAAGGGCAAGAACGCCCACGAGGGUCCCAUUGCUGGCUCUGUAAGCCUCACCCUCACCCAGGCGUGGACCACUGCCAACGCCCUGGACACCAAGCUUGAGCUCGACAACAACAUCGCCAAGGGUCUCAAGGCUGAGAUCCUCACCCAGUACCAGCCUUCCAAGCAGUCCAAGGGUGCCAAGCUGAACCUUUACUUCAAGCAGCCUAACCUCCACGCCCGUGCCUUCUUCGAUCUCCUCAACGGCCCCUCCGCAAACUUCGAUGCUGUUCUUGGUCAUGAGGGCUUCCUCGUUGGUGCUGAGGGUGGCUACGACGUCCAGAAGGCUGCCAUCACCAAGUACUCCGCGGCCAUUGGCUACAGCGUUCCCCAGUACUCUGCUGCCAUCACCGCUGGAAACAACCUGACCGUCUUCUCCGCCAGCUACUACCACCGCGUCAACGCUCAGGUUGAGGCUGGUGCUAAGGCUACCUGGGACUCCAAGGCCGGCAACUCCGUUGGCCUUGAGGUUGCCAGCAAGUACAGACUUGACCCCUCUUCCUUCGCUAAGGCCAAAAUCAACGACCGUGGUAUUGCCGCUCUGGCCUACAACGUUCUGCUCCGCCCUGGUGUCACCCUUGGCCUCGGUGCUUCUUUCGAUACCCAGAACCUGAACCAGGCUGCCCACAAGGUUGGUGCCAGCUUCACCUUCGAGGCUUAA